UCAAGUCCUAUCAUAGACAAAACUCAAAUUGAUUUGUCAAAUAAAUAUCUAUAUUUUCGUUUUGUGAUGUGUUAAUGAUAUUUAUUUUAAUUUUCUUCAGUAAUUCGUCAUGAGUUCUGAUAAAAAGACAGUCGUCAAAUUAAACGACGGCUGGGUGCUUUGCACAUCUAAAUCGAAUCCUGGUAGAAAGUAUUAUUUCAAUAAGAGAACAGGAAAGUCGUCAUGGACCCAACCACAGGCUACAGAAAAGUCUGAUAGGAAACACAAAAACAGGAAAGAGAAAGUAAAUAGAGAAAAGAGCAAAAAGGAAGAGGCGCAGAAGAAUAAUUUGAAGAGGAAAAGCGAUCAGAGCAAUGAGGAACGGGACUCAGCAAAGAAGAAGCAGAAAAAGGAAGCGGGCACACCAACUAAACAGAAAUCUAAAAAUGAAUCACCUCAGAAACCUACGCCUACAAAAGAAACUCCCGAAAAGCAGACGCCGGUUAAAAAUGCAGCAAAUCAAAGACUUUCACAGCUCAGAUCCCGGUUAUCGGCCGAGGCUCAAGAAGAGAGCAGUAAUAGUAAUGACAAAUCCCCUGUUAAACCUAAGCAGAAAAUUAGCCCCAAACCUACCGCUACUGAGACGAAAACAUCCAGAACUGAAACGAAAAGUCCAACGGUUACCGAAAAUAAGUGUAACACAACUCAAUCGCCGAGUAGUGACAGUUUACAGUCCAUGCCAUCACCGUCUCAAUUCUUUGCGGCUAACAAAAUAAUCUCCUCCAUGAAGGCCCAGUUGCCUGAAGAAUACUGUGAUAAAACAAAGCCAAAAGACACAUUUGCUGAUAUCGAGCAUGGUAUAUGCAAUCAGACUUCUGAAUAUCCGUAUAUGAAGCAUCCUGCCACUCCACCUCAGUUCUCUGAAGCUAGUAAGCUAGUAUCUGCUAUUAAAUCUAAGCUCACUAAAGUAGCGGGUAAGGAUGGGAAUAUUAAGACGUUUACGUCCGCUAGUGACCGGAUGGAAGCGUUACGGAAGAGUUUGGGAACUGAUUUGAUGGACACUGAGAGUGAAUCUUUAGUAUUAAGUAAUAUUGUAAGCAGAGAAACAAAGUGUGUGUCCGAAGCCAUGGAUGUGGAUUGUAAGGAGAUAAAGCAAGCAGCACCUCUAGUGAAUUGUACAAAAGAUAACAUAAAUACCAACGUUGUUUUAGUUGUUGAUACAAAUAUUUUUAUACAUGAAUUGGACAUGAUCAAGAUUGUUCUCAAUUCUAAUAUUAAAGGAUAUGUUGAACAGCCAACGCUCUUAGUACCCUGGCGGGUAGUGAACGAGCUGGACCGGCUGAAGGAUAAUAACAACUGCAACGGCGCGAUAUGGAAGAGAGCCAAGUCUGCUAUGGACUACCUAUACAAGUCCAUACCUGAAAAUAGUAGGAUACGAGGACAACCGCUCCGUGACGCGAACUCUCACAUAUACCCGUGCGAGUCUCCGGACGAUGAGAUCCUCAACUGUGCCCUGCAGCAGGCUGAGAGGGGCAAGGAUGUGAUCCUCCUAUCAAACGAUAAGAUGCUAUGCAGUAAAGCAAUCAUCAACAACAUCAAGAGUCUCAGCUUGUCAGAGCUGAAGGAACUCCUGGAGACCACUCCUCAGGAGACAGACCCUGACGCCUUCGACAACUUGAAGCAUUACCAGGCGACCAUCUACCAGCUGUUGGCGAAUAUUCUAGAGAAUGAAAUGCGCGCGAAAUACAACAAUUUAUGGCAGCACGUGCUGUUCAAGGCACCGCCUUGGACGUUGGCCGAUGUGCUCCAAUGUUUGCUCAAACAUUGGAUCGCCGUGUUCAACGAGGUCUUCCCGAGGAUAGAACACCUUAUCAUCGAUCUGAAGAAUGCUCUCACUAUUGUUGAUCAGAAAGAUUCAAAAUCCCUCCUAGAUUCCGAAGUAUCGAACUUCAAGGAUCUCUGCUUAGAAGUGGCGAAGAAAUGCCAGAUAAUACCGGAAUACAUGGAGUUAGCUAAGAUAACUGUAGACCGCUUGCUGAACGAUAGAGCCUGUGAUGCUGAAGAUGAGAAGCACGGGGAACUAAUGGUUAUAGACGCCUUUGAAAACGUGUGGACUGUUAUGUCUAGUUAUUGUGCGAAGCUAUCAUCUCGCAUGGGCGUCCCGCACACGAUCGAGGACAAGUGGCCGGCGGCGGACGAGCCGCUGCCCGCGCUCAGCACCAAGCUCGCGCUCUUCACCAGCCAGAUCUCCGCCUUCACUACUGCCAUCAAAGGUGUAUUAAGUUCGGAAAACCCGGAGUCGUCUGUCGAGGAUCUAGAGCGAGCUUUCAAGGAUAGUUUGUCGCUCAUUUGUAUGGACAACGAGUACAUCAGCAAGAGUAGAUUAGCUGUCUUCUGUACUAAAUGCAGAAAUAUGCUUCAGGAGGCGUACACAAAAUUCUCACAACUAAUGGAGUUAAUUGAAAUAUGUAAAAACACCCUCGAGAAUCAAUAAGUAUAUUAUUUACUAUUUACAAUUACUAUGUACAGCCGCGGUCACAACGGUGACGUGUUAAUAGUCCAAUGUGUACAGUAGAUCAAGUAUAACCCAAUAUGUACCUAGAAUUAUUAUUAUUUAGUAAAUAUUCGUGAUUUUGUACUUCAAUAUAGGCACACAAUCUUUUAAGACUAAAAUGUAUUUAUAUCGCGUAAAAACUUUAAAUAAUACUAACGUUAAUGUUUAAAAAAUAUAUGAUUAGUAACUCUUUUGACCACGACUGUACUGUCUAGUCCGUACUGUACAAAAGUGUACCAAUUAGAUAAAAAAUGUCUUUGAAUUUUAUGAAGAAGUUCCUUUUGCUAUAUGUUUCCUUGAUUUGACUCUAAAUGUGAUUAAAAUCUUUAUUGAUAAGAUUUUUAUAUUAUGGUGUAAAAUAUGUCUAUACCCAUUUAUUCUUAAACCUACGAUAAAGCAUGCAGUUCAAAAUAAGGCGUUUAACAUAUUACAGUUUUAUAAUUGCGCCUUUAAUUCUACAUUCUUGAGACAAUUCAAAAAGUAAUUUUCUUAUAAAGUUUAUGCCAGAGUUGACCUCAAUAAACUGGCAGACAGAUAUACAAAAAGUAUAGACAUGAACGGCAAGUAACUUUGCGAAAUUCUUCCGGUAACCUUAAUAUUAUCUAAUACCUUUUCUUCCAUUAUGAGUUAAGAAACAUAAGUCAUUGUUAUAACAUAUACAUAGUGAAUGAGAAAAACUAAUGAUUCUGUCUUUUAGGUAACUCUUAAUAUAAUGGACACGUAUUUUUUAUUUUCUCUCACAAACAAAUACAACGUAUAGAUACAACAGGAUUGAAUUUAGUGUUACAUCACUUUUAAGUACUAAUUUUACAUGAAAGUGACGCCACCACGACCCCCAUUAAUAACCUUCAAUGCCAUACAUCUAAGUGAUUGCUUAAUGUGUUAUUAAAAACUAGCUGACCCAACAAACUUCGUAUCGUUCAAACCUUCCCUGGACCUCCACAAACAUUUUAAAACCAAAAUAAACCAAAUCGGUCCGGCCAUUCUCGAGUUUUAGUCAGACUAACGAACAGCAAUUCAUUUUUAUGUCUAAGAUGAUAUGUGUUCAAUAUUUUUUGAUAACCUAAAAGACGGAUUAAUUAGCAUCACAUUUUUUUUACCCAGUCUAUAAGUGUAUUCAAUAUUACUUGGAUACUAACACAAACGGAGCUUCUAAUCAUGACCUCAUAUAUUGAACCACGUGUUUCUAACGAAAGAACAACUAAAUCAAAUUGUAUAUACAGUGCGUUUGGAGAACAGUUACUGGUAUUUAAGAAAUAAUAUUCAUUUUUGCUGAAUCAUUUUUUCCAACAUGUAUUUUUAGAUCUUAAAGUCUUUGCAAUGAAGUUCAUAUUUCAAUGAAAAUACAUGAGUGAAAGUUCUCCAAACUUUAUGAAAUAUCUUCCAACAUUAUUUAAGUGAUAAUAUGAAUGUGUGUUUCUAAUAAAAGUACUUUUUGAAUGCUAGCUGUCGACUGCACUUGCUGUUGCCCCUUCGAUCCAAAACGGUUUCAUGUUAUACUUUCAAACCAGUUAUAGUGCAACUGCGGCCGAUAUAAUGCAGUCACGUCAUCUGCGGUCGGCAGUUGGCAUUCAAAACGUAACUUAACUUUAAAAUUAAAAGCUAUAGUCAGUAGUCAUAAACAAUUGGUUGCAAUAUUUUUUCGUACACAAAAACGGACUUUACUGUCGUCCAAGACUGAUUAAUUGUUAUAUUUUUUAUUGUUUUUCUAAAGUUUUUUUCCUUUUUGCCUCCAUUUCCUUCUGCACAAUUAACAUUGUUUGUCGUAAUAAAUUAUAAAUUCUGUUGUCAUAAGGACGUAUGUGCUAUUUAAUUUCAGUAGAAUGAAUUCUUCACGACAGAAUAACACAUGGAUUUCGAAUAAAUGUAAAUUGUUAAUGAUAUAAAAAUUAACAUAUCUGGUCAAUGUUUUUUCUGUUUAGAAAAAUAACGUUAUUAUUUAAGAAACAACAAAAUCAAUUAAAGUGUACGUGUUCUAAAUUCAAUCGAAGUAAUUCAUUCAAACUUGAGAAACUUAAUAAUUAUUAGGUCUGGUAGGAUCUUUCUUACAAGUCAGGAUAAUGUUCAUUUUUGAAAGACAACAGCUAGUUAAUGUUUUUAAUACAUUAUACACUUAUCACUCCAUAUUUAAGCCACAUAGCAUUUUUUCUUAUAUUUACUUUGAUAUGUUUACAAAAUAAAAUUACUUUCAGUGUUACGGGUAUCUGUGUAAUUACAAUUGUAAAUAUAAUCUGUGAAACUACUUGAAAUUAUCAAACUUUUUCUUUUUUAAUGGGAGAUCAUCAAAUAACCCGUCCCGCUGUAAGUGCAGCGUGAGGUGUCAGACUCUUACUGACUAAAACCCAUCAUGUUCCUUCUUCAGCCCUUUAUGUACCAGAGCCGCGGUAACUCUUUCGAACGCACCCGCAGUCCCGACAGGCUUUGGCACUGAGAUGUGUUGACUCUCCUUGAGGAGCGCGUGAAACAGCGUGGGCCUGUUGUCUCCUAGGAGACGGAAGGAUGAUGAACCUCCCGAAACUCGCCAUCCACAGACCCACGCCUACGGUGGCCGGGAGUCAUCUUUCGACACCCGGCGCCCGUGGUGUCUACCACGUCCACCGCAGCGGCUGGGACGGGUAGUGCAAAUUCUCACUCGCUCUUCCGGCCUCCUUCUUAUCAUGACCGCUUCAUAGAAGGAGGCGAUCAGACCAUGGCUUGAGGCCAAUGCCGGGCGUGAGAGGUCGCCGCUGCCUCGACGAGGACCCGGCGGUGCCCUUUCCAAGUAGGGCACUCCUGGACUGUGAGGUCCUCCACGUGCACCCCCCUUAAUUGUCCUUUUAUCCGCUUUUGGAAGGAAACUCACUGAAUUAUUUGUUCAAUAUAAAAGGAACAUAAUUUGUUUUAUUGGUGACUAGAUUAAAUAUAAAAAGGUGAUGAACGAAACAGUAUCACAAGAAAUAAAAGUAAUCUAAAUAUCAUCAAUCCCUUUCUAUGUUCAAUUUCCUUUUGUAAAGUGCCACUACAUAUUUUUUCUGGAUGGACUGUAUUUUUUUUGUCUUAGCAAUAUUAAUAAUUAAACUUGAUGAUGUAAAAUAAGAAAUAUUUUCUAGCAUAUGAAGUCUUGCGCAUGAUACGAAGAUGACUUAAAUUGUAUACUUUAUGGUGUCAAAAAACAUAACACUUCUAGGCAGUCGGGUAAAAAAGAGUGCAAUUUCAUUGGAGUAGCUUAGGACCAGAGUAAAAGUAGUGAAGAGUAGUAGAUAUAUCAGGCAUUCUUAACAUCCGAAGUAAACUGUGUUUACUGACAAAUAUUACUGUAUUACAGCAAUUUUACUGUUUAUUCAUGCUGUUAUAUUUAUCAGUACCUGAUUUUUGACAGAUGUUAAUUAUUUGCAUUGUUUAGACUUUAGUCUGUUUACAGACAGAAGUGAUGCUGGGUUUAUGCAAAAUACUUUAACGCAAGUACUACUGAUGAACUAAUAUUAAGUUUUUGCUGAUUUUCAAUGAAAUAUAUUGUUAUAUCUAGCAUUAAUUCCUUGUAGUGAAUUAUAAUAUUCAGUAUGUUAAUUCUUUAAUUGUUACUUGCAUAUGUAGGUUCUUUAACUUGGACAAUUGCGCAAUAUUUGCGCAAAAUUGCGCAAUAUUUGCGCAAAAUUGCGCAAAACAUAUAUUUUUGCUUAAUGUCCCAUUUUAUAAGCGCAAAUAAGAACUAUUUCAUGCAAAAUACUGACUGAUAAUUUUCAGGAAACAUGGUUUGGUAAAUAACCAGAGUUUUCAACGCUUCUUUCCCGAUAUAUUUUGCUUUUGUGGCCAGUAUCAAAAUAGUGGUAUGUGUAACAGAUUUUUUUUCGAAAUUUCUAGAUGUGUCUCAUGCAUGAAUUUUGAGAACGCAAUUUACUCGAAACGUCAUUCUUAACAUUAUUAUAUCAAAGUUACAUGACCAGUAUAAUCUAGAAAUAAAAACAAGUUUAUUUAUUUUUAUUGUUAAGGUUUUAGCCAAUUAAUUACGUAGGAUAAGAAUAAGGUAUUAACGUUUCAGAUAAACGUAGGUCGUAAAAAAAUCGUUAGUUAGCCGUCUCUAGUGAUUGUUUAACGUGAACUGUCAUAUGAUAUCAUAAUGUUAUUACGACAUUUUGUCUGUUCAAUGUGCCUUCCACAUAAACAUGUUCUAUGAUUUGCAUCCAUUAAAGUUGUAUAGUAAUUAAUUCGAAUCUCGAAAAAAUCGUUACAGAUCACACCAAAAAACUUUGCAUUUCUGAACUUAGGCAUUUGACGUCUUACAGCAGUAGUGUUUUGUUUUACAAGUGUAGAGUCAAUAUAAGCUAACUUCAGACAAGCAAAUCUUCUCGACAAUAGUUGUAGGAACAAAUUCUCAAUGUCAAAUGGCUAACUUCAGGGUUGCCAAGUAAUUUGGCGCAAUCUGUACGAACCGAUUGCUCAUGAAACCUAAACUCUUCCAUUUUUUAUAACUAACGUCCAUCUAAAUCAGUUACUUAUUUUUUAUUUUAGUUUACUUAAUUUUUAAACUAUUAACUUAUUGAUUUAUUAUCAGAUUUAGUUUAACGUUUUUAGAUAAUAAGUUUCGGAUUUUGAUGUCGGGUAUUUAAAAUUUAUUUUUAUCGAAUUACUCGUGUAUCAAUUUAGAGUAAAUAAAUAGACAUAUUGUAGUAAUGUUUAGAUGUAUAUGGGCCAUGCUAAUAAGAGUAACAGUUACAUGAAGGAUGUACCUAUUUUAAAAUAAUUUGGAUAACUUGAAAAAAAAAACAAAUUAUAUGAAAGCCAAGACACAAUUGAUACCUUCGACCGCAAUUUGAAAUUAAACUUCAUAAAGAGGUUACCAUCUGAAAUAAGAUUUUUCGACGGAUUUUUCUCCUUUCCAAGCUUAUCGAUUUUCUAUUUAAUUUAAAUCAUCUAUAUCUACCGCAAAAAAACUUAUUUCAGAUGAUACCUAUUGUUUGCUUUGCGUGAACGUGAUUUACUUGGAUAUAAUUUCAUUGUUUGCCGCUCAAAUUCAAUAUUGGGAACUAUUUUGUGUAUAAGUGAAGGAAUAUCCAAAAUGGCCGCUGCAAUUUUGAAAUAUUUCCGAAAUGUUCCCUGCUGUGGAUUCUGAUCAAUAGUUAUUUACAGUUUAUAUCUAAAUAACGUUAUAAAAGCCUUCGUGAUUAUUUUCUAUAAGUUUAUUUGUAUAACUUUUGUAAAUAUCUUGUAUAAAACGAUGUUAAAUAUUUUUACGUUAAAUGUUAGUUAAAGCUAUAAUUGUUGUAAGGCAUUCAAAUAAACAAAUAAAUGUGGAAGCGGAUGAUGGAAGUAAAAUA